AUGGUGGUCCCCAAAUUCAGGGACAAUUUCCCCGGGUACGACUGGGCUGCCAGCUUCCUCCGGAGACAUGAAGCGACGUUGUCCAAGCGACUGUGCCAGAAUAUAAAACGGAACAGGGCUCGCGUUUCUCCGACUAACAUCAACUCCUUCUUCGACGAGUACGAGUUGACUUCGGAGGGAAUCCCGGAUCACCUGAAGAUUAACUACGACGAAUCGGCGUGGGCUGAUGAUCCGGGGCGCAAGAAGCUGAUUUUCAAGCGUGGUUGUAAGUACCCGGAGCGCGUUAUCAACCAGACGAAGUCGAGUGUGAGCGUGAUGUUCGCCGCGACAGCAAGUGGGGUGCUGCUUCCCCCGUACGUCAUCUACAAAGCGACCAAUUUGUACGACGCCUGGACACUGGGCGGCCCAUCGGGCUGUCUUUUCAAUCGGACCAAGUCAGGUUGGAUGGAUGCAUCCAUUUUCGCCGACUGGUUCAAGUCCGUGAUCAUCCCGUACUGCCGCCGAUUUGAAGGAAGCAAACUGCUUAUUGGUGAUAACCUGAGCAGUCAUCUGUCACCGGAAGUUGUCGGUCUGUGCGAAGCAAAUCAAGUACUCGCACGGCUGCCACAAGGACUGCAGCAAGAGGUGGAGAACGAAAAUGUAACCGUAAACGACAGUCUGACCGAAUACCUGAAACUGAUGCGAUACGGUAACGAAGGAGAACCACAAAAAGGGCGCAAGAAGAAGCUUAAUGUGCCCGCUGGUCGAAGCGUGACUUCCGCUGAUUUCCAGCCAGCUACCUUGAACGACGUUGCCGAAAAUCUACAAGAUGCGGACACCUUGAGCGAAGGCGAACAGGAUGAACUGAACGACCUGGGCGAGCUGGGAGAACCGGGGCCGGAAGCUGAUUGUGCACUUAGCGAGGACGAGCAGGAUGAGUUGGGAGAAAAUGACGACGAGCUGGAAAACGUGGACACGCUGAACCGGGUUCCAGGGAGUGGGAAGCUGGGUUCUCGUCAAAUUUGUAAAUCCGACAUUUUCGUGUUUCCGGAUGUUUCGGACGAGCGUGCCUUCGCGUCCCAAGAUGUAAUAAUGACCCUUAAGGAACCAAGCGUGCGUCGUGGCCGUUAUUCGUUCGAGCCAAACCCACUGAUUUAG